GUAAGAUUGAUAUCAACAACCUGAGUUACAACCAACUUAGGCAAAACUUUACUGCAGUUAGGACCGAUACAUGUUUUAAGUUAUUAUAUUCGACACGAAUGCCGUAUUAUGGGGGAAGUAUUUUCCCGCCUGUCGCCGAAGUGGUUUGUUUUUGUGCUGAAACUCAGUGGCUAGUUUAGCCAUUUUGGAGCAGCUAAGGUAGCUAACUUUCUGUCAGCGUGAAUUCAUUUCGACAGCCUCAGUAAACAGCAGUCUAAUAUGCGCAGGUUUUGCUCUGUGUUUAGUUUUAACAAGGUUGCAGGUGUGGCCGGACUGUCUGCUCGCUGUCGCUGACACGUCCCGGUAGUUUUGACAGUGCCCCGGUUUGCUCGCAAUGCUCCUGCAGCUGCUCCCACCUGUCAACUAGCUGGCUCCUCUCCUCCUGUCUGCCGUCAAUGGCUCACUGCGGCUCCUCCGAGCCCAUCGCUAAGGUACAGGCACCGCGUCCCGACAGCACCAAGCCGUCACAGGGUACCGUCGACCAGAGCAUGAAGCCGGUGCUGUUCGAGAUCUUCGGCGAGAUAUGGACCGUCCAGUCUCGGCUCGGCCAGGGAGUCUCGGCCUCGGUGUACCGGGUCAGCUCGGGCAGAGCCACCACCGCGGCUGUCAAGGAGUUUCAGGCCGACACUCAGGGAGGAGAUUACGGGUAUCACAAGGAGAGGACCGUGCUGGAAGGCAUCCAGGGACAUAAAAACAUAGUGACACUGUACGGGGUGUUCACCAACCACAGCUGUAUGGGUGUUGCCACCCGUUGCCUUUUGCUGGAGCUCUUGGAUGUCAGUGUGUCUGAUCUGUUGGUGAGAGGCAUCAGUGGUACCCAGGGUGGUCGACCCCAGCAGGGCCACUCCAUGUGGCUUGUCCAGCACUGUGCCAGAGACAUCCUGGAGGCUCUCGCCUUCCUUCACAGGGAAGGCUACGUCCAUGCUGACCUCAAGCCACGCAACAUUCUCUGGAGUGCCGAUGACGAGUGCUUCAAGCUCAUUGACUUCGGCCUCAGCUUCAAAGAGGGAAACCAGGAUGUCAAGUAUAUCCAGACAGACGGGUAUCGCGCCCCAGAGGCCGAGCUUCAGAACAGCCUCGCUCAGGCUGGGGUGGAGGUGGAGGGGGACUCGGGCUGCACGGCCGCCAUAGACCUGUGGAGCCUUGGCAUCAUCCUGUUGGAGAUGUUCUCAGGAAUCAAACUCAAAGACACCGUCCGCUCACAGGAGUGGAAGGACAACAGUGCUGCCAUUGUCGACCAUCUUUUUGCCAGCAACAGUGUGGUGUGCCCCGCCAUCCCUGUCUAUCACCUCAGAGACCUUAUCAAAAGCAUGCUUCUCAACAACCCAAAGCAAAGAUGCACUGCUGAAACUGCCCUGCUGAGCCCAUUCUUCAGUAUUCCCUUUGCUCCUCACAUUGAGGACCUGGUUCUGCUGCCCACUCCAGUCCUGCGUUUGCUCAACCUGAUAGAUGACAGCCAUCUGCACAAUGAAGAAGAGUACGAAGACAUCCUGGAGGACAUGAAAGAGGAGUGCCAGAAGUAUGGCUCUGUGGUUUCUCUGCUCAUCCCCAAGGAGAACCCAGGGAAAGGACAGGUGUUUGUAGAGUAUGCCAACUCCAGCGACUCCAAAGAGGCUCAGAGGCUGCUGACGGGCCGCACCUUUGAUGGGAAGUUUGUCGUGGCCACCUUCUACCCUCUCAGCGCUUAUAAAAGAGGUUACUUGUACCAGACUGUGCAGUGAAGUCCUGAAGUUCAAUUUACACCUCUGCACUGUUUGCAUGGAAAAACACAACUGCAUAAGCCACCACUGGGGAGAGCUCAUUUUCUGCCUUUGAAAAUAACCACCACAGGUCAUGAGUGGCUGCCCUGCAGUUUGAGUUCAGAUGAUUCAGUUAUUAGUAAGUGUAGUUCAAAGUUCUGCAUGUGUAGUUUUCUACGGUCAAUCUGUUUCACGCAGAGUGUAAAUUGAACUCAGCUGUGAGGAAUAAACAGCAACACUUUAUUUCUGCUGCUGCCUCCAGUCUGUGCGCUAGUCUUUAUCAGUGCAUAUCCCUCUAGUGCUUCAAGGUGACCUGCACCUAUCUCAUUUAAUGACUCCAGGCCAGAGGUCUGUUGUCUGGGUACAGCAGUUUCUGUUCUAGCUUCCAUUUCACCAUCAUUCAUUUCUAGAAAUUACCACACUGAAAGAAUGAGUAAUUAGGACAAGUAAAAUCUUCUCUGAUGUGGGUUGCUAGAACAAAAGUCUGAGUAUAUGUGCUUCACAUUACAUCUAAAGAGUUUCAUAUCUGUAGACCAAGUGAAACACUUAAUCUCAUCAGUUGAGUCAGGGAUAUGAGAAGAAACAUGUAGCAGGAUAACACUGAUCUCUCAGUAGUAUGAGUGGGAGUUUUAUGUCUGUCAAACCUGAAAUAAUAUUAAAUCUUAGGUUAUUAUUUCUUAAGUUGAACGUUUAAUGAGAGGAAUCAGCAUGGUACAAGGGGAUUAUACAGGUGUCCUCUGCUGGCUCCUCAGGCUGUUUUCAGGGAGAAGUGGUUUGGAGUGACCCCCCUCCACCAGCUGGUAGUUUUCACUCAGUCUCUGCCAUUAUCUGAGCAAGCCAAGGGGCCCUAGUGCCCUGCCCUGUAGCCUUAUGCUUUGUAGCUUUUUAUUUUCAAAAGUCUACAUACUCAGAGAAUAUUUAUAUCAUCCGUUGACUUUGCUCCCAUUUAUAUGGAAGCCCAUUGAAGCAAAAGAGUGGAAAGAAAAGAUCCUGUGAGUCACUGUGAGAAACUUUCUUGAAAUAAUAGUAUCUGAUUUAGUAUCUCCAAAUAACAGUAUCUCGAAAUAAUGACUUAGUACUUCAAA